CAUGGCCGGCGUGUAUAAACAGAGGAGCGCGCGCCUCUCCCUCCCCGCGAGGGCGACGCGAAAGCGAACGCCGAGAUCUUAAGGCUUCCUCAUAAAUAACCAAACUACUAGCCGUCUAGGCUCUAGCCCCCCGCCGCUAGCUCCCCGGCACAGCGCUAUCCACCGGCGUGCAGCACGCUGAGUCGGAGGCCAGGUUGCAGAGAGGCAGGCGAGAGCAGGGGAGGGGAGGGAGGGAUGGGGCAGCAGCAGGUGGUGAUAGUGGGGGAGGAGCACUGCGGCGGGGAGGACCGGAAGCUGACGGUGCGGAAGACGACGCUCUUCAAGCCGGGGGACGGGCUGGAGGCGUACGACCACCGGACGGGGGCGCUGGCGUUCCGCGUCGAGACAUACGGGCGCGGCGGGGAGUGCGGGGGCGGGGCCGCGGCGGGGGACCUCGCGCUGCUGGACGCCGAGGGGGAGCCCGUGCUCACGGUGCGCCGCCACCGCCCCAGCCUGCACAACCGAUGGGACGGCUUCCUCGGGGACGGCGGCGCCGGCCACGGCCACCAGAAGCCCCUCUUCUCCGCGCGCCGCUCCUCCAUCCUCGGGCACGGGACGGGCGCCGCCGCCGUCCUCGUCGACCUCCUCGCCCCGGGCGCCACGGGCGAGUUCCACGUCGACGGGUCGUUCCCGCGCCGGUGCUGCCGCGUCGUGGCCUCCAAGGCCUGGGGCGCGAGCGAGGGAGGCGGCAAGGAGGAGGAGGAGGACGUGGUGGUGGCGGAGGUGAGGCGGAAGGUGGACGAGGACGCGCACGUGGUGAUGGGGCGGGACGUGUUCGUGCUCUGGGUGCGCGCCGGCUUCGACGCCGCCUUCGCCAUGGGGAUCGUGCUCGUGCUCGACCGGAUCACCGGGGACGAGGUCGACGGCGACCUCGGAGAGGACCUCUUCGAGGCCACCUCGCCGGCGUAGCCUCGCCGGAGCUCCCGCUCGCGUGCUCUGCGUGAUGUAGUGGUAGCACAAUUUACAAAUACUUCUGUGAUGCUUCUUCUUCAUCAUCAUCGAAGUUUGGAUCUCUGGCUUGUGAAUUGAGCUUGUUGUACCUUUGAGCACGAUGUGAAUUAUCUUGACAAUUUGGUGCCUCAUUUUUCUUC